UGUCAGUUCAAAAUGGCGGACGGUAAGGAAGGGUCUAUGAAAGCAGUGCAGCGUUUUGAGCGAAGGGGUGCUUUGAGACAGAAAAAUGUACACGAAGUUAAGGAUCAUAAGUUUGUAGCAAGAUUUUUCAAGCAGCCGACCUUCUGCAGCCAUUGCAAGGAUUUUAUUUGGGGGUUCGGCAAGCAAGGAUUCCAGUGUCAAAUUUGCAGUUUUGUGGUGCAUAAAAGAUGUCAUGAGUUUGUGUCCUUUGGAUGCCCGGGAGCUGAUCAUGGCCCAGAUUCUGAUGCUACAAACUUGCACAAGUUCAAGGUCCACACCUAUGGCAGUCCAACCUUCUGUGACCACUGUGGCUCUCUACUGUAUGGACUCCUACAUCAAGGCCUUAAGUGUGACGCAUGUGACAUGAAUGUCCACAAAAGAUGUGAAAUGAACGUUCCCAAGCUCUGCGGCAUCGACCACACAGAAAGAAGAGGACGUAUUAAUCUUAGAAUUACACAUCUAACUGGCAAAUUGAAAAUUGAAGUCCUAGAGGCACGAAACCUGCCACCCAUGGACCCGAAUGGACUGGCCGAUCCAUACGUCAAAGUGAAGCUCAUUCCAGACGAGUCUAACAAGUCCAAGAAAAAGACGAAAACAGUCAAGUCUACACUCAACCCUGAGUGGAACGAAUCAUUUACCUUUGAUCUCGGGUCUGAUGAUGCUCACAAGAGAAUCUCAAUGGAGGUGUGGGAUUGGGACCGCACAUCUCGCAAUGAUUUCAUGGGGUCACUGUCAUUCGGUAUCUCGGAGAUCCUCAAGAACCCAGCAGAUGGCUGGUACAAACUCCUGAGCCAGGAGGAAGGGGAGUUCUAUGGUAUUCCAGUCAGUGAUGAAGUCGAACCUACCAUCGAAGAGCUCAAACAACUACAGGUCGAGCGCCAGGAAAGCAAUGAAAAGAAGAUGGUUCCCCUCGACAAGGCUCAGAAUGUCAGUCGGCAAGACAUUGUACGUGCAAGUGACUUCAACUUUCUUACAGUUUUAGGAAAAGGUAGUUUUGGAAAGGUAGUUUUAGCGGAAAGGAAAGGGACUGACGAACUUUAUGCAAUUAAAAUAUUGAAGAAAGAUGUCAUCAUUCAAGAUGACGAUGUAGAAUGUACGAUGAUAGAAAAACGGGUUCUGGCGCUGCCCACCAAACCUCCAUUCCUUGUUCUCCUUCACUCCUGUUUCCAGACCAUGGACCGCCUGUAUUUUGUGAUGGAAUAUGUGAAUGGUGGAGACUUAAUGUAUCGAAUUCAACAGGAAGGAAAGUUUAAAGAACCUGUGGCUGCGUUUUAUGCAGCUGAAAUUGCCAUAGGUCUGUUCUAUCUCCAUUCCCAAGGAAUCAUCUAUAGAGAUCUUAAGCUUGAUAAUGUGAUGUUGGAUGCCGAAGGACACAUCAAAAUAGCUGACUUUGGCAUGUGUAAAGAAGGUAUCCUCAACAACAAAACAACACGGACAUUCUGUGGAACACCGGAUUACAUUGCGCCCGAGAUCGUGUUGUACCAGCCGUAUGGCAAGUCGGUAGACUGGUGGGCAUUUGGGGUGUUACUCUACGAGAUGCUUGCUGGACAGCCUCCAUUUGACGGUGAGGACGAGGAGGAGCUGUUCACGUCGAUCACUGACCACAACGUGUCUUACCCCAAGUCCAUGUCCCGAGAGGCCGUAUCCAUCUGCAAGGGGCUGUUGACAAAGAACCCCCAGAAGCGACUUGGGUGUGGCCCGACUGGCGAGAGAGACAUCAAGGAUCAUGCUUUCUUCAGAAGAAUAAACUGGGAGAAGAUAGAAGGCAUGGAGAUCCAGCCUCCCUAUAAACCCAAGAUUAAAAGCCGUAAAGAUGUCAGCAACUUUGAUCGUGAAUUUACAUCCGAACCACCUAAGUUGACGCCCACAGACAAGUUGUUUAUCAUGAACCUGGACCAGACAGAGUUCCAGGGCUUCUCAUACGUCAACCCCGAGUUUGUGGUCAAUGUGUAACUCACCAGCACAAGAAACAGAAAUAUUGCUCUCUUCAACGGCCAUAUUGGAAAGAAAAACAAGAUGGACGCCAUGAGUUUUGACUAUUGAGAGUGUUCUGCCACUGUGCCCAUUGUGGCUGUCCUUGCUGCCAAUCACUAGUGGCUGGCUCUUCUGUGAAGAUGAUUGGCAGAUGUGAAAUGAGUGUGACCUGAUACUGGCAAGUUUCGCUAAAACAGUUGUCAACUGAGGCUCAUGGGAUACCAUCACGUGAUGAGUUACACUGAGAAAAAGGGACUAUGUAGGAUUGUUUGUCAUUUAUAAGUUGCAUACAGUGUACAAUUAUUUCAAUCUGUUAAAGUAUGAUCUUUAGUGUAUUCACUGGUGACAAAACCUUUCCUAGUGUUUUGACAGGUUUCCUUUCUGUGUGUAGGUGCGCAUCCCUGGGUCUACUUCGUUGAUGUAUUUCUGUACAGUACUCUUGUACAAACAGUAUAUAAGUCACAUGCAAAUUAGUCAGUAUAUGACUUUUAUGUUCAAGGUUUAAGUAUUUGUGUUUUCUUUCUGUUUUCAAUGAUAUUCAGCCAGGUAACAAAACAACAUCUUUGAAAAAAAUAUGUAACAUAUGUGUCCAUGCACAAAAAAUCUUGCCAAAAUUUAUGUCUACAUCCGAUCAUUUACGUUCCAUCUGUACUGGUUAAUAUAAGCUAUACACUACCUGUCUGACAUGAUAAUACCUUGUGAUUGGCCAGCAUUAAAGUUUAAUAUAUGUAUUGUAUUAAAUCUGUAAUUAAGAUUUUAAUUUUAUCAUACUGCAGGAAGGGUAAAGUGCAAGUUACGAGGAAUAUUGGUUGAAAUAUUAACACUCACACCAUCAGGGUUGGUCUUUGAUAAGUUUGAAUAAAUUCAACUCAAAACAUU